ACUCCUUUUCUUUUCUUUUGGCUUUUAUUUAAAGAAAUUAUUUUCUUAUAUUUUCUGGUUGCAUAGUCUGAAUACAUGUCUGAUUAGCUAAAGUAAAUUACUGGUUAAUUACUGUUAUUUUAAAAGAGAAUUACUUCCUUUCUUGGAUGUUAAUGGGUUAACAUUCAUCUGUGGGCAGACUGAUGAGGAGCUACUAGAUCACUACUAAACAAAAAGCAUUGUUCCAUUACAUCAUAUUUGACACCCAAUCCCAUGUUGCAAUUUUCACUCCCAAGAGCAAAGCGAACACAUCAAAUGAUCAAUUGUUAUGUGGAAAAAAAGGGUUCUUAUGAGCAUGUUUCUUUUUAAUCAAGCAUAUUUGUGAAGGCACUAUAUGUACCAGGGACAUGUUAAGACCUGUUUGCUUUAAAAUAAUCACUAUUCACUAUUUGAAGUUGUUGGGAUCGGCAAGAGCUCAAAUUUUUCUGUGGAGAGCUCCAAAAUCAGAUGUCAAGUUACCUAUAAUACUACUUUGAAGGAGAAGAAACUGCCCUUGUCCCUCUUAAAUGACCAUAGGAAGAGUUCAUCUUCUCAACAUAUGCCAAGUGCCAACGGUCAAAAUUAUUGUCCAAGUUACAUAUCAAUGUAGAGAGGGGUUCGGUGUUACUCAGCAUUGCUUGUCUCUUUGUUGGGUUUGUUGCAUCAAUCCUUCGACUUCUAGCAAAGUGAAGCGGGUUGGGUCGGGAAUAUUGAUGCCUCAUGAUAGAGUGCAGUGCAAAAAAUUAAGUGAAUGUAGAACAAUGCUAUGACGAGCUUGUCUUAAAGGUAACUAAUUAAAGUCCGUGCAGUUUCUUCCGCAAUUGACAGCCUUAUGUUUUCAUUAGAUACUCCUUCCCUGAGACAAGUUUAUGUAUUUGAUUGGAUGCAAGAGAAAUAGUGAAGGUAAUUAAAGCAUUUGAUUUUGAUAACUUAGUUGUUGAUAUACUGAAAUAUAACUGUUCCUGUUUUACUUCUGAGACAAAUUGAUACCAUAUAAUGGUUUGUGUAAUCCUAGAUAAGGUGCCAAUUUUUUCUGUUGCAAACUUACCUCAGAUAAAUUGCAAAAGCUGCAUUUUGGUUGAUGUGUAUAAUUGAAGGGAAAUAUGCAGUAUUCUAACUUGAUUAAAGGUCACCAUAUACAAAUAUGUUUUUGGCCAUGUAAUUAUUUUGAUCAUCCAAAUCAUUAUGUUCGACAUCCUAGUGUUGGGACAUGUAUAACUGCUAAUAUCACUGACGCCUUUGAUUCAUAGUAAAAUUGCUAGAAUCUUUCUGCGUUUUUAGGUGCAUGGAUAGGGUCUAUUAUUUAAUAUCACUUAUCUCUGGCAUUUGGGUUACCUUUUAGUGGUUGUGGUUGAGACUUAAAGUUAAUUAAACACAUCAAAAUGGGUUUUGAUGAACUUAUCUUUUACUUGCAGUGUUAAUCUAGCGUUAAGACGGAAAGAUUACUUCCUUCCUGCUAGAAUUUGAUGCUCUAAACUAUGGUUGUCUAUCUCGAUUACUACAGAGCUAUUUGUCCAUAGAUUGAGGUAAGGCACAAUGCAGCCCGAGGUUGGUGUGUUUUCAUCCUCACCAAGUCCUCCCAUUUUCAAGUCUGCAUUUCAUUUGGUCUCAUUCAAGCAGAAGUAUGGUGCCUCUACUUCAGUGGAGGGAAGAGAAGGAAAUGGAUUUAGGGAUCUCUACUUCGGCAUGUCAUGUUUGAGAAGGACUCAACAGAAGUAGCUUUCAACUGUUCUCAUUAUAGCCUUUCCACUUAAGACACCAUCUUUUAGUUGGGAAUUUACUUGCAUUCAUCAAAGGACAAUAGGAUGAUAUACGUCAUAUAUUUUUCACCUAGGCCCAGCACUACUGCUUAUCAAUUUAGAUUAAUUUAUUUCACUAUGUUUAAUGCAUAGCUUCUGCCCUCCUAGCUUUUCAAAUAUGAGGAGGAUUGAAAAGAAUCCUAGUGUCAGUCCAUUCUUUAUUUAUCGUUUUUAUUACAUGUUUUGGAUGCUAGGGACCACCAAGGUACAAGAUGCCAUCAUCUAGAGAAGCGUUUGAAAAAAAACUGCAAGCGUAGAAACAUGAUCUUCGGUUAAACAAGGUCUGUUUCUUUUUCUAGGUGUGUUUUUAAGGCUAAAUAAGAGUCCUU